AUUAACGGAAUUUAAAAUUUUAGCACCAAACUAAGCGAUUUGGAAAUAUGUCCAAGGAUGGACCUUGUCUUUUCGAUCGUUUUUUAAGCCAUCAGGAAGUCAACGACUAUCUUGAAAGUCUGGUCAAAAAUUAUUCAAGUCGGAUAGAAAUUUUCUCCAGUGGGACCUCGUACGAGAAUCGUUCGAUUUUGGCGGUUCGAAUAAGUCCGGAUCAGCAGUUGUCAGUGUCGAGGUUCGGUAAAACGGAUAAAUCCCAGCGAAUGUGUGUCCUUAUUGAUGCAGGAAUUCAUGCUCGAGAAUGGAUUACGAUAUCGGUGGCGCUUUACGUAAUUCACCAGCUGGUCGAACGAGAUGCCAUCAACUGGCGGUGUCUGAAGAACUUCGACUGGAUCGUGGUGCCUCUGUUGAACCCGGAUGGAUACCAAUACAGUAGGGAGCAUAACAAAAUGUGGCGCAAAACGCGACGUCCUCUGGGCGUGAGCAAAUGCUUUGGCGUCGAUUGCAACCGGAAUUUCAACGUGUCCUGGGGCAUCGGCACCAACCGUUUCUGCUCGCUGCUGUACCGAGGAGAGCGACCGUUUUCUGAGCUAGAAACACAACACCUGCGUGAUAUUUUCCGGAAACUGAGACCCAACUGCCGUUUCUACCUGACCCUGCAUUCCUUCGCCCGAUCGAUCCUUUACCCCCGUGCGUAUUCCAGAACUCUUCCGUUUAAUUGGAAACAGCAACAUGACGUAGCCCAGGCGGGGGUGGACGCAAUGCACUGUGCCAGUGGCGUCAAAUAUCGGUGUGGUAGCGCGUCGUCAUUACUGAAAAUUGCCGUCGGGGGAUCCAGUAUCGAUUAUGCUUUCGAUAUUGAAAAGGUGCCGCUGGCUUUAGCGAUGGAAGUUGCUAGCAAGGGUUUCCAUCCACCGGAACAGAACAUAGCCAAAAUUUGCGAAGAAAGCUGGGUAGGAAUCCAAGCGAUGGUAAUGAAAUUGGCUACCACUAGUUUACCCAGGUCGAAAUUUGGCCGCAGUAGAACAGCCAUUUAGUGUUGAAAUAAAUAAUUGUAAUUUUUAAGAAAAAACAAAACAAGUUCUUGCUUAUCAAGCCAAGGAGAUUUUCUUUUCAAUUCAUUAAACAAAAUGACCUGUUUUCUUAUGCAUAUUUUUACAUCCUGUAUUCCAUUGAUGUCCUAUGUUCACACAAAAUCCUCUUUAAAAUAUGAGAAAUACAUGUUAAAAUGAGUGCUAAUUUGUCAGCAGGAGGAUUUGGGAAAAACGGAACCCUUAGAUAAAGUAGUCAAAUUUUCAUCAUCUUCACACUCAUGUAUGUUUUUUGUCAAAAGUUAGGAAAUAAACGAAAACAUCGAUUUACUCUGCUUUUUUGUAUAUUAUGAUUAAUAAUAAAAGUUAGCUUAUUUUAUGGAACAAAAAUCUAUGGAUUUUACUCUCUACACUUUUGCUAGCCGGGAUAUAAGGCUGGUGUAGUUUAUCUUAAAAGGGUGUCUAAUACUAGAACUAAUAAGUGCUGAAAUUACCUUUCUAGCGUAAGGAAAAUCUCCUAAUUUUCCUUACGGAGUCAGUUUUGCUGUUCAGUUUAGUCAAAAGAUUCCUGAAAUUUUAUCGGUGCUUGACUAUAUGCAGAAACAGGAUUUCUUACGUUAAAGUUUCAUUAUUUUGAUUCUUACAACUCUAAAAUGCUAAAUCAUGUCCUUAGUGUGAGUCUUGGUGAAUUCGACUACUGUUCCGUGGGUGUGCCGUACUUUCGCCGCAAC